CAUUCUUUCACAGAAACAAAACAAACUAGUAAGUAAAACAAUGAGGUCCCUAAUGGCCUCCUCUGCUUCUCUCAUUCUUGCAUUAGCCAUGCUCUUCCUCGGUUUCCCAUCUGAAAUUUCAGCAAAAGACUAUUCUUACUCCUCACCGCCACCACCAAAGGAUCCAUACCUUUACUCAUCGCAUCCACCUCCACCAGUUCACACCUACUCUCAUCCACACCCAGUCUACCACUCUCAACCGCCACCAGUUCACACUUACCCUCACCCACACCUAGUCUACAACUCCCCUCCACCUCCAUCACCACGCAAGAUACUUUACAAGUACCCAUCUUCUCCACCACCACCACUGCACACUUACCGUCAUCCUUACCCCGUCUACCAUUACCCACUGCCACCACCACCACAUAAGAAGCCAUACAAGUACCCAUCUCUCCCUCCACCACCAGAGCACACCUACCGUCAUCCUCACCUUGUCCACCACUCCUCGCCACCACCACCAACACCACACAAGAAACUAUACAAGGGAUUCUUCACAGAUAUAUUUCGUCAGUCUUUGAUUAAUACUGUUUAGAGGGUUGCUUUUCUAUAUUUAAUUUAUGUUUUUGUUGUAUUAGCCACUGUUGUAGGGCUAUGCCUCAAUAUGCAUGUGUUUGCAGGAAUUUUGAUUUUCAAUGUUUGGUUUUGUAUCAAGGUGACUGACAACCUAAAUAAAUAUAUCCCAUAUUUUGAUAUCCCCUAUUAAAAAAUACCUAUAUUG